AAGUUUGCAUGUUUAUCGUACAGAUCUGCUUGGGUUAUUCCUUUGUACUUCAGAGAUUAGUGUUUCAAAAGAAAACGGCAUAGAAGUUAUCAUGGGAGAUGCACCUAGCCCCUCAGUGUUAUACUAUGACCCCAAAAAAUCUACAGAAAAUUUCGCGCGACUCUGUCAGUUCCUGGUAACAAUCUGUAGUGACGUCAUGAGAGAUAUACUCAGCCAUUAUAUAAAACCAGCCAAUUUAAGAACAGAAUUGGACCAGAAUAAAUCGGAACUGGAAAAAAUAACGAAUAAACAGGAAAAGGACGUACUUUAUCCUCCACAUUCUUCUACUUGUAUUGUUCCGCCAAUAAGAUCCAGAGAUCUUGAUAUAUCGUUACUCUACAAGAUCUUGCGCAAUUUAUGUAAUAUUCCAACACAUAUAGCAGGUUGGGGAAAUCAACCUCGUCCAUCUGACUUUUCUUUGGCUGCAUGCAUAGAAAGGAUCCGCAUUUUACGAAAUUCCAUCUCUGGACACUCUACCAAUGGUACUGUUGAUGACGUGGAAUUCGAGGAUUACUGGAGAGAGUUAAGAACGACGGUUGUUGAGAUUGAGAAAGAGGUUAUCGGCAGCGAUAGAUAUGAAAGAGGAAUAGACCAUAUAUAUGACUGUGAUUUGAACCCGACCAAAUCCAAGGAAUAUGUGGCUCAAAUUCGGAGAUGUACUGGGGAACUGAAAGUUAAACGAGAGAGAAUCGAUGUCGUAGAAGAGGAAGCAAAGGCUAAAAGAGUGAGGUUGGAAAGUUUAGAAGAAAAGCAAGCAAUCUUAGAAGCCAGAUUUUCUGAAAUCGUAGAGGGACUAACAGCGAUUAAAUCUGAUACAUGUAUUCUGAAAGAGUUGAAAUCGACAGAGCUGAGAUUACAUCAGGAAAAGGAAACAUCAUCAAUCAGUAAUUGCUUGAAUGAUAACUGUAGUCAGACUAUUACGAUCGAUACAUCAACGUGCACAACAAACAAAUCAACAGCAACAACUAUAAAAUUCAAGUCCUCCUCACCCGUAUCUCACUUCUCCAUGCUUGUAACGACGGACAACAAAUGUUGGAUGUUGGUUCCUAACUUUAACCCAGUCUCGUUCAAUCGUUCCUUUGAGAAACCAUUUGUCUACACGUUAUAUCUUCUUAGUGACGUCGGUAUCAACAAAGAAAUUAAAAUACCUGAAGAGUAUGCCUCUGGAUUAUAUGUUAGUAACAUAACAAGUUAAUGACGACGGUGAGGCUGUAUUUGUUUCGGAAAAUUCACUAGUAAUAGCUGCUGGGGAGAAUGGCGUGGUCCGCAAGUUGUUUGAUAUUUCUGAACUUUCCACUGAUAAUUGCCGUGUAUGUUUUAUGCUAUCUGGUAAUUAUCUUGUUCAAUGUUCAUUUGGUCCUUUUUUUCAAUACACUAAAAAAGGAGAUUUCCUUGGUAAUUGGAGAUUAACAGGUACAAGCCCCAACUUGCAACAUCCUCAAUCGAGUUUGUAUCAGAAUAGUAGCGAAAACUUCAUUUUCACAAAUGUUGAUCCCUUGGAAGUUUCCAGUCAUUUGUACAUUUUAAACAAAGAUUUUAAUCUGAAAUGCACGGUCGACAUAGACAAGGUCGGAAUAAUAACUCCGGUUUUCAACAAACCUGGUCAUUUACUUUGUGGACAUGGUCAGUCCAUUGACUUACUGGACAGUAAUGGUGACUUUAUACACAAUAUUUGUAAAACUAACAGACGCAAUGAGAUCACCAAGAUUGCGUACAGUAAGAAUGGGACGAUAUGGAUUUUAUUCGAUUCUUCUGAAAUUGACAUUUAUAAGCUGGGGGAUGUAUCAUUACUGUAAUUUUUGAAUUCUGAUGAUAGAAAUGUGUUCAUUUUAGCAAAGACUUGUUUACACUCUUUGUUUAAUGGUAUGAAUUAAAGAUUACAUUACUCUUUCAUGAACCAAAAUUUAAAACUAUAAAUGAUAUGUAAAUCAAUUCUAGAUUAUUAAGUAUUCCUCUUUCCAUUUUCCUAUCUGCAAUGAUGGAUUAUUCGUCUGUUUUCAAAAAGUGAUUUUUAAAAAAGUAUUGUUUGGAACAAUAGACAAUUCUUU